AUGAAUACUUUUCUCUAUUGUGAAGCGGGAGAGUUUGUAACGGAUCAAUGCAAUGCAGUAUAUCGUGCAAUGUGCGAUCUUGAAUGGUACAAGUUGGAAUCAAAAAAGGCAAGAAAUUUUAUUGUGUUGAUAAUGCGAGCCAAACAUCCUUUUCGUUUCACUGCAGGAAAGAUUUUUCCAUUAACAAUGGUUACUUUUUGCAGCAUAUUAAAAUCAUCGAUAAACUAUGCAUCAUUUUUAUUAACAAAACAUGACUAA